AUCCUCUGCACUUCCGCUUUCCUUCACGGAGUCAACAGACGAAAACAAGAUGCGAUAGUCAAACACCCAAAAGAGCUGUAGCUAAUGACAGCGACCCCAGGGUAUAUUUCCCAACUUUCCUAUUCGAAUGGUCUUUUGUGAAUUUGACGCGUUCGAAUUGAAACCAUGCAGUUUUCUCCCAACAACGGAGACUUUACAUUUGUCUCCUCGACUGAGGCGCAAGAGCUUAGUGGCACAAUCGCUGCCCCUGAGAUCAAAGUCAAUAUGGGCAGUGACAGUGGUAAAGACCCCUAUGCCACUGCCUUCCUGCGACAGCGAGGGUACGGUUGGCUGCUGGAAGUGGAAGAAGAUGAUGGUGAGGAGAACAAACCUCUUCUUGAUGAGCUGGACAUUGACGUGAAGGACAUCUACUACAAGAUUCGGUGUGUGCUUAUGCCAAUGCCAUCGUUGGGCUACAACAGACAGGUGGUCAGAGAUAACCCGGACUUCUGGGGCCCACUUGCUGUGGUCCUACUCUUCUCUAUGAUCUCGAUCUAUGGACAGUUUAGGGUGGUUUCCUGGAUCAUCACCAUCUGGAUAUUUGGAUCACUAACAAUUUUUCUCUUGGCACGUGUUCUUGGCGGCGAGGUUUCCUACGGUCAGGUCCUAGGAGUGAUUGGAUAUUCCCUUCUUCCGCUAAUUGUUAUAGCCCCAUUUCUUCUUGUGAUCGGAGGUUUUGAGGUGGUUUCGACCUUCAUCAAACUGUUUGGAGUUUUCUGGGCCGCCUACAGCGCUGCAUCACUGCUGGUUGGCGAUGAAUUUAAAACAAAGAAGCCUCUUCUCAUCUAUCCCAUUUUUCUUCUGUACAUUUACUUCCUAUCACUCUAUACCGGUGUCUGACGAGAUGAAUUUGAACUGUGGACUUUUUCAUAUACUGUGACACAUACCCCACAAGGUGGAAAAAAAAUCUCCGGGGAUGUUAGCAUUGUGUGUUCCUUGUAUAUUUGACAAUAAAGUUGUAUCCAAUCCAAAUCGAAACCAAUAUGUACUUUUAACUCUUAUGUCUUCAUAAUGUUCAGUUAAAAAAAAAAAAAAGUAGCUGGUUUCACAACUUCAACCGUGUAGCUCUCCUACCAGUUCAAUCCAGAUGGGAUAAUACCAUUUAUAAGUUGCCUAUGGUAGAGACUUUUUAUAGCAGCUUUUUUAAGUACUGUUCUCCUUAAAAUGCACUUUAAUAAAUUUUGUGGCAAAUAUUUGUGAUUGCGGAUGAUCUGAGACAGCAUUCAGUAGUACCCCGGUCAAAUGUUUUGGGUUUUAUGUUUUAAUCGCAAUCGUAAAAUACAGUUGUAAGAAAAAGUAUGUAAGUAUGUGAACCCUUAAGGUAUUAUCUGGAUUUUUGCAUAAAUUCGUCAUAAAAUGUGCUCUGAUCUUCAUCAAGUCGCAACAAUAGACGAACACAGUUUGCUUGACCUAAUACUACACAAACAAUAUGCUCUCAUGUAUUUUUAUUGAACACACUAUGUAAAUAUUUACCAUGCGUGGUGGAAAAAAGUAAGUUCAGGUAAUUCCAAAGGAUUCACAUACUAUUUGUUUCAUAACAUUGCCUUUUAAUUGUUCACAACUUUCAAAAGAGUAUGGCUAUUCGUGCAUUUUAAUCAGCAUUUUGCAGAUUGGCCUACAAAUUGUGAUGAAGAGAAUUCUAUGGAAAGAUGGAACUGUGAGACUAACUCAUUUAUCGGUUUUGGCAAGUUGGCAACACUUCUAAAGAUUGUUUACUGGUGUUGUGUUAACUUUUGGUCUGUCACUAAAACAUAGUCUUUCUCCAUUAAGUGUGUCUAUGUCAAUAUGAAGUAAUCCAUUGAUUGUAAAUUUAUUUAGUUUAUGUCAUGAUAAAACUACAGAGGCACCCAUACAUGCAAUAGAAAAAACAAAAACUUGUGAAAUAACACAUUUUUGGCACGUUAACAUCUAUUCUACUGGGGCGGCCAGGUAGUCCAGUGGUUAGUGCAUCGACCUCACAGUGCAGAGGAGCAAGGUUGGAUUCUGGCUCCGGCCUCCUUUUGUCGAGUUUGCGUGUUCUCCCGGUGCCUGUGUGUUUUAUCCGGGUUCGCCGGUUUCCUCCCACAGUUCAAAAACAUGCAAGGCAGGUUAAUGGAACACUCAAAAUUGUCCCAAAGUGUGAGCACGGAUGGAUGGUUGUUUGUCUGUGUGUGGCCUGCAAUUGGCUGGCAACCGGUUCAGGGUGUCCCCUGCCUACAGCCCAAAGACAGUUGGGACUGGCUCCACAGCACCCCACACGACCCUUGUGAGGAUAAAGUGGUUUGGAAAAUGGACGGAUAUAUUCUACACUGAGAUUUGUCAAUAAGGAAGAUGACAGUCAUUACCGCCACUGCUUAAAACAAACAAACAAACA